AUGCAUUGUUUUGUUCAUUGCCCCUUCACAGUAAACAUUUGGGAGUUAGCCCCCGUGCUUAACAAACCAAACUUCGUAGCCAUCACAGAUUUUGCUAUCUGCCUUCAAUCUUCGAGGAGACUUAUCUGCCUCCCUCCGACGGGAUUAACUUCUGCCAACAUUUUCCAAUGGUUAUGUUGGGCUAUCUGGAUAGCUAGGAACAAAAGGAUUUUCGAGAAUAGGACCACUUCAGCGGAAGAUGUUAUCUCAAAGGCUGUCUCAGUAGCUGCAGAAUGGAAAAGAGCACAACUUACCGAGAAAGAUCCUGCAACAGCGGCUUCAACUGUGACCAGUAACUGCACCACGACUAGAAACCUAACCAACCAUACCAAAGUGUGUACUGAUGCAGCAUGGAACGAAUCAAGACAAACAGCGGGACUGGGAUGGUUUUUUUCUGACCAACUGAGACCAUCCUUUCACCAAGGUAGUAAAACAGAGGUGUUCGUCAAGUCACCGCUAAUAGCAGAAGCACUAGCUAUCCGACAGGCUCUAGAGACGGCAAGACACAUGGUCGUCACAAAUCUACUUGUCAAUUCCAACUCUCAAACUCUUCUUUAUCCCCCGUGGGGAAAGCAGGCUUUGUAUUCUUCUGAUGCACUUUAG